AUGGUUCGCGUCAAGAAUCGCUACCUGGUGGUCAACUUCCUAUACCCAGAGCCUCCCGCCAAGAGCAAGACGCAACUCCCAGAUGUCGUCCAGAUCCACUCGCCAACGCCUGAUGCUCUCAAGCAGGGCGCCAUUGUACGCAUGAUACGGGAUGGAGUUGAAGACUUAUUUGGCGACUAUGGUUCGGGUAUGGUGUCUUCGGGUCUGAAAGUCAACUACUACUCCCCCUCGACCAGCACGGCCAUAAUACGAUGUCCACGAGACCACUACGAAAUGGUCUGGGCAGCCCUCACAUACAUUACCCACCUCCCCAAACCCCUCGAUACACCUGUCGUAAUAAGAGUCGUAAGAGUUAGCGGUACGAUCAAGAAGGCUGAAGAGGAGGUUAUCCGGCAGUCACAACAUAUCAUCAAGAGAGCAAGAGCUUGGGAUGGUGCUGGAGAGCUGCCGAUGCUACAAAGUGUAGAGAAGGCGGCGGAUAAAGAGAGACAGCGUGAGAGCGAAGUGCUUGCUCGAAUCGAUGGUGGGGAUGAGAGUGAGGACAUGAGCGAGUAG